CCCCUCUCUUCCACGUCUAGCUCUGUUUCUUCUGCAAAGCUCGGCCCAGACACCAUCUCCGCCACCAUCUCCCCUCUGAUGGCUCUCCCUGGCGUUUGGUCCCCCUUCCUACUCCCCCAGCCCACUGUACUCCGUCAAAUCUUUGCCUCGUGUUCCUUUGAUCAUCUGCCUCACUCGAGAAACUCCAAGGGAGCUGGAACCGUGUCUGGUCACAUAUGGGCCCCAAAGUGCCCCAGUCCCAGUGGCUGGGGCGUGGAAAGCCACCAACAGCUGAUGCUGAGUGGAUAUGGGCAGACUGCUGGCCUCCCCGAGGAGCACAGAAGGGGGCCAGGUUUGGUGACGGUAUGUGCACAGGUGAUGGCUCCUGGCACUGACUUGCUGCUCCACGUGCGCUGCUCACACUCACCGGUGCUGACCGCGGGCCCGAGGCUGACGAGCCUGCCCGAGCUGCACCUGGGAGAGAUUCAGGUUGUGGUCGGCUUCCCUGCAAGUGCCUGGGCCCGAGGAGGGAGCUGCCUCUGCUCCGUACCUGGUGUCGUCCACGUCCGUGCAUCCUCCAGGAGAGUGACUGUCACUGGUGAGGGCUGGCCAGGUACCUUCAGUGACUUCUCCGUGCAAAGGCUGAGCCAGAUGUACAGUCUGAGGGCCGGUCUCGGGUCAGCUGGGAUCCCACUGCACGAUUCCACAGGGGUCCCGGAACCUGAGGUGCUGGGGGUUGUGUCACCUCAGAAAGGUUAUCUCUGUCUUCCCCUCUGUCCCACGGUGGUCGUCAAUAGUCCUGACCCGAUCUGGUGGCUGCAGGGUUUCAGGGAGGUCGUCAUAUAUGCAAAAGGUUCUUUGAGCAGAGUUCUUUUACUUAUAAAGAGGAAAAAAAUAUUGGAAUUCGCCCUAAAAAGAGUAUCUGAUCUCAGUAUCUUUGGGUGUCUGGGAUGGAGGGGUGUUCAUGAAUGGGCGGCAGGGAUUGAUGAACUGUCCCCAAACCACAAAGCUUUGUAUCUGUGCGUGUAGAAAUGUUUUGCUCCUCUGAACUAAGACGCUCAGAGGCAUCGUGUUUCCAGGUUGGAUGCCGAGGGGAUUUUAGGCGCCUUUGUUGUGGGCCAGAGUUUCUCAGCCUCGGCACUAUUGACAUUUGGGGCCGAAUAAUUCCUUGUUUUGGGGGGCUGUCCUGUGCAUUGUAUGAUGAUUAGCAGUUUCUCUCGCUCUGUCUGCUAAAUGCCAGUAACACCCUCCACCCCAUCCCCACCCCAGUUUUGACAUGAAAAAUGUCUCCAGACAUUGCGCAAUGUCCCUGGGGAAGAGAGUGGGGACAAGCUUGCUCCUCGUUGAGAACUAUUGCUUUGCCAUGUUCCCUGGGGACUCAGCCCUCAACGAGUGGUUCUUACUCACUGUGUUGAAGUUUAGCAAGAUUUCCCUUCUGAACCCUGGUGAUCUCUGCCUACUUCUGUGCAGUGUCUGGAGGACCCCGUGGCAAUCCGGGGAAAGGGCUUUUUCAAAGUCGAUGGACUACAGAUAUUCCCGACUCCAGCCCCAUUUGACAAAAAGUUCUGGUUCUUGGACCUGGCAGGUCAGCCAGAUCAACUGGAACUUGGUUCUUUCUGUCUUUUACAAUUAGUUAAAAGAGUAGGAGCUACGCUUGAAACUAAACCAUGGAUUCUCUGGGGAACAAGAUCUUGAGGUGAACUUCUUUUGUGGGGAAUACAUUUUUGUUCAACCGCAAGCCUCAGAAUUGGUAGUUCCUCAUUCGGGGGAAAGACCAGAGAAGGGUCUUAAGGAGAAGACCCAGCAGGAAACAGAGGUGGAAGCACUUGAGGUCCCCAAUAUUUAGGAGGUGGUCUCAAAGAUCAGGGGGGAGGGGUGGAUCUGCUCCUGGGGCACCCUGGCUGUGGGGAGGCUAUU